UGACUACCCCAAGGCCGAAAGCUUGAAAGAAUUCUCUUUGGUUCAAUAUCAAAGUCGGCAAUAUUUCUUUCGCUCUUAAAGAAGAAAAAAGGAUUUUUUUUCCUUUGUUUUUGUUUUGUGGUUUGAUCCCUUCUUGUAAUUCUUGAUGUUCUGGUUUUGAUGUCUAAGCCCAUAGAGCAUGAUUACAUAGGUUUGUCAGAACAGCCGUUUCCUUCAAUGGAGAAAAGCUCUGACGCUAACGAUAAAAAGAAUGGAUUGCGCUUAAAGGAUACUGAGCUGAGACUCGGUUUACCCGGGUCCAAUUCACCGGAGAGGGAGGUUCAUGACCAAAACGUGCUUUCACUGAAGAGUUUUGUGUCUGGAGCAAAAAGGGGGUUUGCCGAUGCACUCGACGGUGGCGUGAAAUGGGUUUUUUCCCGUGGCAGUGGAGGAGGAUCUGAAGGGUUGUUUUCUCCUAGACGUGGCGGUAAUAAUAAUGGAGGAAAUGAUCUUUCCGGGCCGGAUUCGGGUUUGGGUGGUCCGGUUUCGAAGGAUGGAGAUGCUCAGAAUCCCUUGGUGGUUCAGGAGAAGAAGUGCCAGGUAGCUUCCGGCAGUAGUCAUGGAAAUGGGAAUACUUCUGCUACGGCUUCAAACAGGGCACAGGUAGUUGGAUGGCCACCAAUCAGGUCUUUCCGGAAGAAUACAAUGGCUUCUCAUCCCACAAAGAACGAUGACGAUUACAAUGCCGAAGCCAAGUUAGGAUCAGGAUGUCUGUAUGUCAAAGUUAGUAUGGAUGGUGCUCCAUACCUUAGGAAAGUUGAUCUCAAGAUCUAUGGCAGCUACAAAGAGCUCUCCACGGCACUCGAAAAGAUGUUCAGCUGCUUCACAAUCGGUCAGUGUGGCUCUCAUGGCGUUUCUAGCCGGGAUGGGUUGAGUGAGAGUCUAUUAAUCGAUCUCCUCCACGGCUCCGAGUAUGUACUCACCUAUGAAGAUAAAGACGGUGACUGGAUGCUGGUCGGCGAUGUUCCUUGGGUGAUGUUUACCAACUCUUGUAAGAGAUUGAGGAUCAUGAAGAGUACUGAGGCUAUCGGCCUAGCCCCGAGAGCUAUGGAGAAGUGCAAAAACCGUACCUAGACGAUUCAAUAUUGCUGUAACUACUGAAGAAGAUGAUGGAAGUUUGUUACGAUAUAUGUGGAUGUCAAAAGCCUUUGACUGUUAAUAAAAACUGGGUCUUCUUUUUACUGCUCAAGUAUGGUUCAUGUACUGUAUAAGGGACUACUAGUGCUAGUAGGCAAGAUAAACUAUUUUAAGACAUAAAUUUCCAGGUUCAUAGGUCUGUUGUUUUAUGUAAUGUAUUUUGUUGUCUCUGCUUAAAACUGGUUUGUUUCAUAUGUAAAUGGUUUGCUAACUGUUUA